CGGCCCGAGUUCAGUAGCAAAGCGACCGUCAAUCGCGCUUGCCGACUCAAAAUCGACGCGCUUGCUAUCACUUACAAAGUUGACAGUGCGACGUGCACAAUCGAAAGGGAGUGCGACAACGACAACUCAAGAUGUCACCGCAAAGUAUACACAAGAACUUAAUUUAGUAUUAAAUACAUUUGACGUUUGAAAAGUGAGUGAAAAGUGUUUAUUAUUUCAAUAAUUGGUUGGUCGGCACAAUGCUUGUCGAACAAAAGAAAAUGGUUCCUCCCGAUGGGGGAUGGGGGUGGGUUGCCGUCAUAGGGGUUAGCAUAGUCAACUUAUGUACGAGAUCAAUAGAACCAUCAUUCGGUCUGCUCUUUGGCGAUCUCCUGGCAGACCUGGGUGUCUACACCACUGGCUCAGCGCUGAUUAUGAGCACUUUGGACGCGCUGAUUAAUUUUUCCGGCCUCUUCGUCGGCCCGCUAAUCCGUGCCUUUUCCUAUCGCAAGGUCUCCCUUGUCGGAUCCAUGCUUUGUGGCAUCGGCCUCAUCGCCACUUAUCCUGCCAACAGCAUGGCACACAUCUUAAUCACAUACAGUAUUAUCAACGGACUCGGAGUUGGACUGACUGCAUCUUCGACGUUUGUCGCAUUGAAUCACUACUUUGUGAAUAAGCGUGGUCAAGCAGUGGGCUUUUCUCUCGCGGGUACCGCAUUGGGAAUGAUGCUUAUGCCGCAGGCAGUGAGUUUGCUUCUCAACGAGUACAAGUUCCGUGGCACCAUCUUGAUUAUUGGCGCAGUGGCGUUAAAUGGUCUUGUAGGAUCUAUGCUGCUUCAACCAGCAAAAUGGCAUUUCAUCGAAAAGCCCGUCGAUCCUGAAGAAGGCACUUAUCAUCAGCUGGCAGGAAUAUCCUUCUAUUUCUCAUCAACUGAGGAAAUGGAGACGAUCAAAGAGACCGACGACGAGGAGAGUGAACUCCACGAAGACCAGACUCUCAUCAAGAACAAAACCGUCAAAGCGCUAGAAGACUUCGAAAAGCAAUCGUCUGUAAAUCUUCCCAAUCUGACGCGCAAGUCGACCUUCCCAAGAAACUUUUCUACAAUGAGUUUCGUCUCCAAGCAGCGCCGCAGGGACUCCAAAGAAUCAAUAAUGUCCAGCUACUCUCGGCUUGACUUUACUGGUUCAAGUUUACAACUCCAACUUCAAGUUGAUGCGGAAAGAAGACCGUCAACAUAUUCACAAGUUGGUGGUGAUGGUUUACAUAUGCGUAGAAACAUGAGUUAUCCUGGAGUUCAAUUAAAUUCACAGAGUAAAGUUUUUCGGGAGUUCUCGCUACCCAAAGACCCAAUAAAAGUACCCGAGGAAAAGAAAGUCUCGAUAUGGAUGAAGAUAGUAACGGUUAUGGACUUAGAUCUUUUGAAAGACCCGGUUUUCUUGAAUCUUAUUUUUGGAUUGUCGAUCUUCUACGUGGCCGAACAGAAUUUCAAACUGGUGACGCCAUUCUUUCUCGCCAAACUGAACUUCGGGCAAAGCACGGUUGCCUGGUUCCUUUCCGUCCAGGCAUUUACGGAUAUCAUUGCUCGUUUGGUCCUGCCACCCAUCUGCGACCGAGUCAACAUCACCAAAAGAACACUCUUCAUGACUGGCAUUUUUAUUUUGAGCAUUUGUCGUUCAAUCCUGGCGGAACAGGUUGAAUUCAAGUGGAUUAUGGUAUGGAUGGUCAUUUGCGGCUUCUUCCGUGGUGCCGCUUUGAUCAACUUUACCAUUACUAUCUCUGAGUACUCCACGCUUGAGAAACUGCCGGCUGCAUUCGGUCUGCACAUGGUGGGCAAAGGACUUUUUGUUGUCACUUUUGGACCAAUUCUAGGCAUUAUUCGUGAUUCCACCGACAGUUAUCCGAUCUGCCUCCACUCGCAAACGUUUCUCAUCAUGAUGUGCGUGCUGGCCUGGAGCAUCGAAUACAUUUACUGGUAUUGGAAGUCCAGAUCGAACGAGGAAACAGAUUCCGAUACCACCACAUGACAAACGGACAUUUAGACGAUACGUUUGUUCAAUACAUACAAAAAAAUCCUUAGAAUUAAUACGAAUCAAAACGAAAAGUAUUAAUGAAAAGCAAAUUAAAUUUAAAUAAACACAAAAUGGAUGAAUUGUAGUUGAAUAGCAAACAGUUUGUAGAGGAAACGUCAAUGUGAGAUGUAUAUCUAACGAAGUCGGUGAUUAUUCAUUUCGAUUACUUGAUCAAGCUAUCUAGAGGCUAGUGAAUAAUAGUAAUUGUAACCAGAGGUAACAUAUAUUUAUAUAAUUAACGAAAAGUAACUUGAUUUUGUUCCAAACACAAACACACCUUCUAGAUAUCAUUGUGUUGAUUGUGUUCUGCGUUUGAGAGAGAGUGUUGAUACAGGCAAUUGGAGAUGUAAACGUGGCCAAAAACAAACAUUUACGAACUAGCAUACGAAAUAUACUGAUGGAAUACGUAAAGAACAAGCGUUGAUAUUGAACGCUUGUUCUUUAGGUGUACCUAUUUGACUCCAAAACGUAUAUUAAUGUAUCAGCAUCAGGGUAAAAUCAUACAACAACUAUCAACUAGUAUUAUGUAUUUUGUACACCGAGUGUUCGGACACCGGGCGUUAAGCAAACCAGUGUUACAUGCCCACAUGCAUCAUGUCCUGCGUUAUAAAUCGAAUUUCACGAGAUUCACUCAAUUUACCAUUAAGUUAGAUGAACAAUUGUUAAUUUAAGUAGUUUGAACAGGGUCAUAAUGAUGAGGUACCCGAUUCGAUUUGGUUUUUACGUGUUUGAUUCUUGUUUCGUGACACUAAACAAUUUGGAAACCUUUUUGCACUUUCAACGUGUGAUAUUAAGCAGCUGUUUUACAAGACUGAAUCUGUGAGAAAGUGUUCUAAUAAUGAAAUAUAAACAAACAAAAAUGUAUACAUAUUAUUAAAAUAUUAUAUCUAUCUACAUAAUAUUACUUGAUGAUGAGAAAAGAUGAAAAACAGUUUGAUUCAUAACCGAGAAGGUGAAAUAAAUUGCAGCAAGUAAUUUCAAAAUGAACAAAAUUGAAGGAUUGUGACGAGAUAUAUUGAAAUAUAUAUGUAAAAUGUACCUAAAUAUUUUUAGCAGUUUUCAUUGUAUAUAGUCUUUACUUUACAAUCCCGACUCGAUAACAAUAUUCUACCCUGUUAGUGUAAGUGAUGAUUGUAUUAUAGAAUUAAUCGACGUAAUGAGAUGAGAAUGAUGAACGAAACGACUAUUGUUAUAGCGUGUAGGGUGUCCUAACGUUUUAAUUUGUUGACUGCAUGUUCCAAUAAUUGUCGACCGAUAUCACUGUUUUAAGAUAGGAAGGUUUUGCGAUUGAUUGCAAUUGCACACGAGUUUGUUUCUCAAUGUGUAUUGUAGUGACUAUGUUUUCAGACAAAUUGAAUUGUUAUUGACGAGUUUUAACAAUGUGUAUUAUAAACAUAAAAACAGAAUAAAAUAUUUGUACUGUCCAAGAA